AUGUCACACAACACAUACGUCUGGCCGUCCUGGACGCAGGAAGAGCUUUCGACUGCUGGUGCGGGACCUUCAGGGUCCCAAUCAAACAACGCUGAGCAAGAGCUCAACGUCAUUCCGGCAGGCGCGUAUGUUGCGCGCAACCGCGGGGGACGCCAUGUCUCCCAAGACAUAGCUGGCUACAGUCAGCCCUAUGAUGCGCGCCUGCGCUUCAGAUCGUGCGAGGCGGGCUCGCUGCUCCCUGUCAUGUCUGCCCACCCCGACCCGUCGUUCUUCACCUCCCCCUUCCCGUUCCCCGCGACAAUCCCCUUCGCCCUACCAACAUGGGCAUCCACAUCGACGCCGGUACUUGCCCUUCAUCUCCAGGUACCGCAUGCGCGCGCACUGACUCCCACGUCCGUCCCUGACGUACAGAAAGGGUCGCUCAGCCCCUCCCCAGAAGGACUCCCAUCCCCCGUCAUCCCCGCCGCACCUCUCAACACCGCCGCACCCGUCACUCCUGCUGUGCCGGAUAUCGUCAUCUUGACUGCUACCCCAGCAGUGCCCACCACCCCCGUCGUUCCCGCCACCGAUGUCAUCCCGAUGGAACGCGUCACACCGACGAAUGCCCAACGUUCGAAGUACUGUGCAUUGGAGGGCGCCGUGAGGCCCCUCACGGGUCCUUGGGUGGAUAUGGCGCGCACCGUCAUCGACGCGCGACUCGACCCGCGGUGGGACCCAUCGGUCUUCCGGCGGGAGACGAGAAAGCGAGGGGAUGCGCAGGAGCAGCCUUCGCCGAAGAGGGCAAGGGUGGAGGAAGGGCUGGGAGAGGCGGCUGCAGGAGUGAGAGCGGAGGGAGCCGUAAGUGCAGAUGAGGGGGAAAAUGGAAAGAUGAAGGCGAAGGAGCUCGACAGUGGAGCGGGGAGCGAGAAGAGUGAGGGGGCUUGGUCCAUGGAGAGCAGGUUCAGGCCCAUCGCGCCCAUGCCUUCGCCGGGGCCAGUCCAUGCAGCUGGAGGGCUGCACCCUAUACUUGUGGUCGUUCCACAGGUGAACGGCAACGCCCUCACACAACACAAUGAUACAUCAACAACGUCCACCCACAGGGUGGACAACCCCGCAGGUGAGUUCGUCGUCGAGCCUGUACCGCUGCCUAGCGGAGGGCCUUCGACAUCGACACCUGCGGAUGACCAAGACGAGGCUGGAGAGCCCGACGAUCACGAUCAAGACGGGCACCAGCACCAGCUCGGAGACGACUCCAGCCCCAGCAAGCGCGAGGCCGCCGUCGUGAUCGACGAGAAGAUCUACGGCGGGGACCCACUGCGCUGCCUCGCGUGCAACAACAAAUCGUUUGCGCGCAAGUACGAUCGCAGACGGCACGUCGUCACCGUCCACUACCUCGGCAAGAUCCCAUGCGACUGGUGCGAUCUCUUCUUCUACGCACGCCGGGAUGGGGUCACUCGCCACAAGGACGAGAAUUCAGUAGGCGGAGGAGAGACAGGGCUGGAUCGUCGACGAUGGCGAGCUGAAGCUGGAGGGAUGAUUAUCCGCAGUCUUGCUUCUGUCUUGCUCGACUUGCUCGAACUGACAGGCGGGGGUGGAGUGACUGUACUGAGUACUCUUGUAUCUCUAUUUCCUUCUAUCAUUUUUCUCAACAAUCCAGAAUUAAACAAAUAUCCACAAAACCCGUGUGCACUGAACAAAAUCGAGCUGUAUCUCACAUUUCCUGCGCACCGCUCCUCCCCUUCAGAGGGAAAAUGUGGGUCCACCGUACCACACUCCUACGCAAACCGACAUCAGACGCGCCCAUGUUUUCCCACUCCACAAUUCUGUAACGUCCGUGCAAGGCCGAUCGAGUACCUCUAUCGCAGCGUAAAGCUUUUUCUGGCCGGCGGCACAUCUUUGGACACAGAAAGAGAAGAAGACAGUGCCUAUCGUUGGCUUGUCUGCGGCACUCAACUCAUCAACGGCGCUAUGUCAAGCGGCGGAGUACCAGAAAAAGGGAGGGGACAGCCGAACCAAAAGAUAGUGUCAGGCUCCGGCGACCCGGCCGCGUCAAUGUCAUCAUGCGUGCAAGAAUUCGACAAAAGGCAGCAUCCCGCUACUCAGCUAGGGAGCCUCACGAUUGCGAGGGCGGGUGGACCGGUUGUGGUUCGAGAUAACGCUAUGGUCUCGCCUGGUUGUCUCGCGUCAUGCAUAGCGGAAGCAGCACAGCUAAGCAAAGAGGAAAUCGCCAAUAGGACUGUACCCGCAAACAUUGUGCAAGUGUCGCGGGGGGACGACCGAGGCUUGAAUACGCUGUUCCGGGCUGAAGAUUACGAUAUGGAGGUCGCGAAGGCGAGAAUGGGCACACAAGCGAGCGAGAGGGAAAAAAUGAAGGUCAACACCUGGGGAGCGAGAGAGGUGACCGGACUGAGCAGAAGCGACGGCUGGGAAGAAGAUGAUCUUGAACAACGGAUCCACAGAUGGCACAGAGAUAUUGUACAUAAUCUUGACAUGAAGCUUGGAUGCCCUGUGAACCGAAGAGGCUCAGGCUUGAGUCUUGAACAGCGUCUUCGUUUGUGUGCUUCCAACGACGGGACAAUGUGGACACAAUAUAGCAAUGAUCAGAGCGAGGUCCAAGCUGGCACCGUUCGAAUGACAAGAUACGACGCGUAG